GGCAAAGUUUCAUUAAUAAGUGAGUGUAACACUUGGGUAGUUCCUCUCGUCAGUACAAACAGCAUCAUGAACAAAAACAGUAUUAAUAAAGGAAUAAUUUCUUAUAUGUAUUUAGAAAAUUUCGUAACUUAUAAUAGCGUUUCUCUAAAACCUGGGAGAAAUUUAAAUGUAAUUAUUAGACCUAAUGGUACUGGUAAAUCUACAAUUGUUUGUGCCAUUGUUCUUGGAUUAGGUGGUAAACCUACUACCAUUGGGCGCGCAACUCAUGUAGCGGAAUAUGUUAAAGCAGGAUGCGAACAAGCAAAGAUUGAAAUACAUCUUACAAAUGGACAGAAGGAUGACGUUGUCAUUUGUAGACAAUUUAAUAUACAGGGGAAAUCUUCGUGGUUAUUGAAUGGAAAUGCUUCAAACAUUAAAGAAAUACAACAUCUAACAAAGACUUUAGAUAUUCAGAAUGCGUCACAGGACGUGACAAUAGAAAGAUCAGUGGGUGAUCCUAUAAUACUUGAACAUCAUACAAAGUUACUAAACUGUAGAUCAGAACAUAAACAGUUGGAGUCACAGAUUACAAGUAAAAAAAGAUUAUUAGAAUCAAAAUCUCAGAUAUACGAAGGACUAAAAGAAAGUGUUAGCAGUAUAAAAGAAUGGAAAUUAAUAAAGAAAAAAAUUAUAUCUUUGAAGCAGAAAAAGGCAUGGAUGAUAUAUGAACACAAACGUGCAGAACUGUUUCAGUUAAAAAGCAAAAUGGCAGCUGCACGUAAAAAAGUAGUAUCUUUAGAAUCAGAGAUAAAAUCUAUUAAUGAUUUAAUAGAAAAACUAAAAUCAAAAAUUCACUCAAUUCAGAGCUCUCAGGCAGAUGUUAAUAAUAAAGUAAAAAUUAAGACUUCGAAGAUGAAAGGAACAUUGAAUGAUAUUUUGGAAUUCGAAAAUGGUAUUAAAGAACACGAAACUGCAUGCAAACACAGAAUUCAAGUAGAAGAAGCACUGGAUCAUGAUAUUGACGUGGUUAAGCAACAAAAAAAUAAACUUGAGGAUGAUUUGUCUUUGAUAUUAAAGGGCAUUGGGUCUGAAGACACCUUAAUGAAACAGCAAAAAGAAAUAUCGUCCAAUAUAGAAAAGCAUAGGAGUAUCAUUGCCAUGCUAACAAGUAAACAUUCCGCGUUAAGACAACAAGAGAAAAGUAUGAAUCUAGAAAUCAGAGUUCAGGAAACGGAACUACAACUUCUUAAUACUGAUGCUAAACGAUUGCAAUUAUUAAGGGAGAGAUUAUUGGAUACAUAUAAAGCGGUACAUUGAUUAAGAGACAACCGCGAUAAGUUUUCUGGGAUAAUACACGAACCGAUAUUGCUCAACAUAAAUGUAAAAGAUGCUUCAUACGCAAAAUACUUAGAAAAUACUAUUUCGUAUCGCGAUUUAAUCGCGUUCGUUUGCGAAAACAAGAAAGACAUGAAUUUAUUUUUACAUUUCUUAAGAGGCGAGCAGAAAUUACAAGUAAAUGCUGUACAUUCUGAUCCCACGAAACAUAUUUCCAUGGAACCAAAUGUUCCUUUAGAACAUAUUAAACAGUUCGGUUUUACUCAUUAUUUAGCGUCACUGAUUGAAACACCGAGCACUAUUAUGAAAUAUUUAGUAACUAUGUAUAAUUUAAAUAAUAUACCCGUAGGAACAAAUCUUGUUGAUGAUAAUAUUGAUUCUAUACCCCACAAUAUACGUUACUACUUCAGUCGAAAUAAUGCGUAUACAGUCAAUAGAUCUAAAUACACAGGGGAGAAAUCUACUAUAAUGCGAUCAGUUUCAAGCAAUGGAAUGUUAUUUAUUGUAUUAGAUAAAUCUAAGUUAUCAAACAUUGAACAAAAGUUGACAAGAUUAAAGAAAGAAAAAGUUAAUGCACUUAAUAAAAUGAAAGAAAUCGAAGAACAAAUGUGUGAAGAGAAUAAAAAAUUAGAUGAGCAUAGAGCUAGUAGAAAUAAGAUUCAACAGGAUUUCCAACAAGUACAAGUUUUAAAAUCUAGAAUAUCUGUCGUGGAGAAGAAAAUUGAAAGUCUAGAAAAUGAACGUACCAGUAUUGAUAAAAUAAAAGAGCUUUUUACUAAUAAAAUUAAGGAUGUUUUGAACAAACAACUAAGAAUGUAUAGAACAUACAAUAAAGAGCUCGAGGAAUAUUAUAAAUACACUAUAGAAAAUGAACAAACCGAGUUAAUAUUAAAACUACAAAAUAGAUCACUGAGAAUGAAAAUAAAUGAUUCUCAGGAUAUGAGAGAUAAACUUAAUAUAGAAGAGGAGAAAGUACGACAAAUUAGUUUAGAAUUGAAUCCAAUGAAAAAUGAAACACAAAGGAUUUACAAUGAAGCAUUGCAAACUUCUAAUGGCAUUAGUCCUACAGAUAAAAGGUUUGCCUCUCUGGAUAAGGUUUUCAAUAAAUUGCCACCAGCCAUUCAAGAACUUAAUAAUGAACUUAAUAACGCGCAAGCAACAGUUUUUUGUAUGGGAAACAAUAUAGAUGGUGAAAACAUAUUACGCGAAUACGAAGAUAUUGAAAAAACCACCGUAAACUUGCAGGAAUUCAUUCAGAAAGAAACACAAAAUUUAGAAACACUUCAACAGAGGAUGAAUAUGUUGCGAGAAGAAUGACCUAAACCUCUUUCGAGCAUUGUUGACAAGAUUAAUUCAAACUUUAGCUCACAUUUUUCGGCAAUGAAUUGCGCUGGCGAAGUUACGUUAGCUCAACCAGAAAAUAACAGAGAUAUAGUUGAGGAGACACCUUCUACAGGUACGACACAACCUUCGAUCGUAGAAGUACCAGAGGAGAUAGAGCACGAUCAGUUCCGACAACUGAGAGCAAUGGGUACAAGAAAAAGAACGAAAAAAGAGAACGAAAAUGAAGUUGCAGCUAUAAAUUGUUUAAAAGUAUUGACUGAUACUGCAGCUAAAAAAGAUGAUUUCUCCACCUACGGAGAGCAUAUUGCAGCCAAACUUCGGAGUAGUAACAGAAGUAAAAAAGAAAUUGCUAUUGCUCAGCACCAUAUUGACCAAAUAUGCUUCAAUUUAAUUAUGGGGGCUUACGAAUGCCAAGCGGGUUCAACAUCAAUGCCAUCAACAACGAAUACCGAAGAUGCAGCUUUUCUGAAUUUAUUAUAAUAAUGAUUCAUUGAGUUUUAAUUUUUCUUAAAUAAAUAUUAAAUUUUUAACAAAA